GGAGCAGCCCCGUGAGGAGGCGCCAGGCGCGGGGCUCCGCUCGCCCGCGCGGGCCGGCUCCGGAUAAAUGGGGGCGGCUCGGGCGGCGCCGCGGAGCCCUGGCGGAGCCGGAGCGGAGACGCGGCUCGGGCGGCACCGGCAGCACCGAGCGGGGCAGGAUGCGCGGCGGGCGGCCCGCGGCGCUGCCGCUGCUGGCGCUGCUGGCGCUGCUGACGGCGCAGGGCGGAGCGGCGCCCCUGCAGCCCGGCGGGACCCCCGCGCUCACCAAGAUCUACCCCCGCGGCAGCCACUGGGCUGUGGGACAUUUAAUGGGGAAAAAAAGCACUGGAGAUUUUCCUUAUGGUUUUGAAGAAGAAAACAAGACACCAUUUUCAGCAUUACCUGAAAAUAUCAAGCAGCUGGAAGAGUAUCUGCAGUGGGAAGAAAUCUCAAAAUAUUUGCUAAGGCUGCUGGAAAGGAAUGAAAAUAAAAGUGGUCAUUUUUCAAAAGGAGGGCUCCCCUGGUAUGCCAGGAACACCUGGGAGACAGAUGACAAUAGCAGUUGGAAACAUAUGAUGGACUAUCUGCUUCAAGUUGUGAAUAUGAAAGAGAGCACUCCAAGCUGAAAGAAGAUCACUAAAUCAUGAAGAAAUUGAAUACUUUCUGUAAGAGACUAUAUUUCACAAGCACUUGAUUGUAUCAGAUAAUCAACACGGUCACUUUUCUGUACACAAGAAUUCCUUUGUGUAAAGUACUUAAAUGCACAUAUUCUUGUAUGGUUCAGCAAGGACUAAAUCCUCUACUUCAUUUUCAAGGUUGCAUUUUCUCAUUUGAAUGGCUUUGAUAUAUAUACAUAUAUAAUUGUCACGGAAGGGUCUUCCAAUUAAUUAUAUGACUUACCUAUCGAAUCAUUUCAUCUCUUAGUUUGAAACUACAUGACAUUGCAACAUUCGCAAUAAAUAGUACCAAGAAAAAAGCAAA